GAGGAAAUGCAAGUGGUAAAAAAAUGUUGGCAGUCUCAUACUUUCGCAGCCACAACAAUGAAUCGGCAUGUUCUUAUUUUCAUGCUUAUAAACAUCUCAGGUGCACAAGAUGUUCGAACUGUCAGUCAAGUGUCUGUCCAGGAAGGAAAGUCUAUCAUAAUCCCAUGUUGGUAUAAUCAAAUUUAUGUACAUGAUGUAAAAUACUUAAGUGUCGGACAGUAUUUAAUUACUAGUAAGUAUGUGGGCUCAGAUGGUCAAAUGAAACACAAGGCAAUAUCUGUUUCGGAUAAUAAAACGUUAAAUAUUUUGACGGUGGAAAUGAGGAGUGUUCAGAGGGGUCAGACGGGCAAAUAUUGGUGUGGAAUUAAACUACCUGGACCUGAUGUUGUAGAAGCAUUCCAUUUAACAGUCACCACAGGUAUCUCUGGCCUCUAUGUAGAGAAUCAGAUGUUGAUGGGUUUUGAGGCGGGUAGUGUAAGCAUCUACUGUCAUCAUCAUACACCUCGUAAAAGAGAUGAGAUGUGGUGUAAGCUGGGCGGUCACUGCAUGACUGGAACAUCUGGAUCUUUAGAAGGAGCUUCUGUUGAGGUCAAACAUUAUUCAGGAUUAAUGAUUGUGACCAUGAGCAAACUGAAGAAAGAGAACACAGGAUGGUACUGGUGCUCUGCGAGGAACCUACAAAUGCCUGUUCAUAUUACUGUAUCUGCCAGAAGAGAAACUAUCAGCACUGCCACCACAGAGAUGACCUCUAAACAGCCAACAUCAUCCAGCACUGUACAGUUCUCAGGAACCUUCACAUCUGUUCCUCAAAAUCUAAGUCAUAGUGAGGAACCUGCCGUAUCAUGGCUAAUAAUUCUGGGAAUUCUUUUUGUGCUAAUAGUGAUAUGUAGCUGUACUGCAGUGAUAUUGCGCAAAAAGAAACAAAAGCCAAGAAAUUCCACCUUAAGAAAACAACAGUCAAACACUAACAGUGAAGAAACACACUUCAGUUCAGGUGAAAGACAACCGACACAGACAUCACAAGCAGCUCCUGAAGAUUAUGAGUUGAUCUACUCGACGGUUUCAUUUAAAGAGCAUUAACAGGUCAAGGGAAAUUCUGAUAGUUUGACUAUCAUGCUACACGUGGACUUGUUUAGCUUCCUCAAAAAAGUUUCCAUGUUUGCAAAUGGUUUCUAAAUGUAAAUAGACACAUGUGAAGUGACUUCAGAAUCAGUCUUCAGUGUUUUCGAGCAACUUACUGAUGAUGACAAUUCAGUAAAAGGUUGUGUUGCCAAAACUGAUAAAAAUGUUGUGAAAGUAAUAAGGUACUCGAUGCUGUUCUUUAUAACUCAUGUCUCAGCCAUGAUUUAUUCACAACAAAACAACUACCCUCAAGUACUUCAUUACUUAAUAAAAUGGUUACCCCAAUAAUACAAGCAUUAAAGCCCAAAAAUAUAUGUUAUCAAUGCAACUUUCGUGAAGUCAAAUUGUGGUCAUCAACAAAAGACAAAACCGACAUCUCUCUGACUUUAUUUUUUACUGUUUGAAGUACAGUACAUAUGAGAAACACUUUAUUUAUUCUGUUACAUAUACCUGCACAAAUUUGGUGGAUUAUUAAAUUUAACUGUUAAGUAGAUUGUGUUCUGCCUGUCAAGCAAUGUGUUUAUACAUAAAAUAAACGUUUCGUCACGUUUCAUUUAGUUUAUUGAGUUGGCUUGUGCAAUUUCUGUCAAACAGCUAACAAAAAUGUCACGUGAUUUCCGGUAAGGGAAGCUCCCUGAUUUUUGCGUUGCAUUGUGGGAAUUUUUAGGGAACAAACGUUUCAGUGCACUGGAAAGAUUGUGUGAAUGAGAAAGCCCUUAAAAUGGCCGACUCACUGAUCUGUGCCCCGACUGCUGAACAAGGGAGCUGACUGAGACACUUCACUUUGCUUUGUGGACAUUGUAGUCUGUGUCCUUUGAAGGUCACAUCCUUCAGAUUGAGACAAUCAUUUUUUAUUCAGUUGACAGGUGUGAAAGAGUAAUGUGUUGGCACAGCAUCCUACUUCCUUUUCUACCAGUAUGUCCUACGAAAGACGUUUAACUGUUGAGGAUGCUCUGUAUACCGCAUCAUUCAGAGAUACAAAGGAUAGUGAUAUUGAUCAGUUUUAGAAUUCUUAAGUAAUGUUGGCCAUGGCUGCUUAGCACAUAAGCAUGGACAAAACAAGUGGGUAAACUGUAAUAAGAUGUGGUGGACAAAAAAAAAGGAAACAACAAUAUGUAGUUCUCAAGAAAAGGUCACCACAGCCAACAACAUGGCAAAGAACAACGGAGCAAACUAACCAACACAGUGUUGUCAUUAAUGUACUGCUAUAGGAUAGAACUGAUAUGUGGAGAGAUAAACACAGGCACAGCUUCACUUGAACAUUUUCACACAUGCAGACACAAUGACGACUGCAGCUCUUCUGCUGGUGUUUCUUCUAACAGACAUUUUAAGUAAGACAUAAAUUAACAAAUCUGACUGACAGUUUAUGAGACGUUUCAACAUGAGAACAUUCAACAACAAUCUAAUGUCAGUGUUGAUACUUUGGGAAUGUUGCAUGCUUGAGAUAACAAUAAUGAAGUCUCCGACAAUGUGAUUCUAUGUCAAAAAUAGGAUUUGAGAAUUUUAGGAAGACCUUUAACAUUUAGAUUUUUCAAGAAGCAACAAUAAACAAGAAGGCCUGUGAUUGUACAGCCAAUGGGAAGCAUCAACAUAACACAAUAUUUUAUUUUAUUGUUUCAACAUUUAAGAUUAUGCAGAACAAGGAACCCAGGAAUUAAGUUAUCAAUGUGUUUUUUC